AUGGACGACGAUGAAGACGACAUCAACACCGAGAAACUGCGGUUUAUUAGCGGAAGCAAGCCAAAGGUCUGGUCCGUCUUUGAUAUGGAGCAAGUUUCAGAGGAGCGACGCGUGUCAAUGUAG